AGCGUCCCGCAUGAAAGUCAUUCCGUGUUGCUAAGGAAGAACGUAAUUUCGGAAACAACGUCGAAAAGAUUUUAUUUUAUUUAUGAGAAAUAAUUAACAAUAAGAAAUUAUGUGAUAAAAGGAAAUAAUUUUCGGAUAUAGCGGUUUUGUCGCAGCGGUUUAGUGCAAUCUUGUGCAUUUACACAUUCACUGCCAGUGGAUCUGUGAAAAUGUCGUCUGCGUUAUCCGCAGCCGCGCGCGAGGAACUUUACGGACCGAAAAGGAACGCGCGUUUCCAGAACAUCAAGAAUGUUUUAAGUCGCUCCAGCGUUCUGCAAGAUGGUGAAUAUAACUACACCGACAACAAACUUAAAAAAGAUUUCUGGAAAACGAGUCACAGUACCGAUUUCUCCGGAGCCGUUUUGGACCCUUCAAGUGUGCAGGGAACAACUAGUCAGCUGGUACAUCAUUUCGACAUGGGGAACAUGAGCGGCAAGUUUCUGGAGAAAGACAUCUUCCGUAAGAGCACCACCAUAGCCGACUUCCAGGGACAGACAGUCGCAAAGCCUGAAAUCCGGGGAGAAAGUAGAGAUAUUAACUGGCCUGACAUGGCACCUAGGUAUCUUUCUGACAGACGCGUGGGACCCUCGGAGUACACCUCUAGCUUCAUACAGAACUUACGUAACCGUUCGGCCCCGAAUUUUCCACGUGUUGACACUUCCAAACUGAAACUGCCACUGGACCCGGCCAAGUUCUGGCGGCAGCGGGGAACCAACUUCUCACUCGGAACUGACAAUGACGGGUUGAUAAGUGAGCAGCAAAGAGCGUUCGGGCGCCGCAGUCGCGCGUUCCAUGUUGACGACAGCGAAAAGAACGCUGCCUCUGACGUCAACAAGAGUUUGCGCGAGAUGGACAAAGUGUCACAUGUCUUCAGAGGAGGCGAUUACAAUAAUAUUGUGGGCAACUUCCUGACCACGUGUAACGGGGACUAUGGACCGAGGACUCAACCCCCGGGGGAGGCGGCGGUUGGAAAAUCGUUCAAAAAGAAACAGAGGAAACGCAGCAAGGACGGCAAUGAGAACGACGGGGAGGAGGAGGAGGAGGAGGGGCCGUACGCGGCUACAAAUCAGCUGCAAAAGUUCGCAAGGACCACGACGGUACCACAAGUCUUCAAAGACGCCUCGGAAGGCAGAACGUACCAGGAAGGGGCCCAUUUUCAUUUUGGCACUGACCCUGAAUCCGCCCACUCUGUCUACGCGAAAGACUUCGCCCUCUCGGCCAUGGCGACUCGAGCGCCGCCUAUAGUGAUAGCCCCGCCCUCCGCGGGGAAGCUGCUGCAGAAUGAUCCGAACCAGUCUGCAUAUGGCGUCUCUUCGAGCUCCAUCGACUUCCAGAACCACAAGUACCUGCCUUACACGAACUCGCAGGGGAAGACCGCCCUAGAGAUGAACCUGGACCGCCGGGACACUGACAGCGUCAUCUUUAGUUUCGACCUGGACAGACACAAGUUGGAUAGGCAGACGUCACUCGCGGCGUCCGACUACAAGCAGCCGCCGGCCUGGUACCGGCCUCCGAAACUCGGUGCUCGCCACGAUGUGUACGUAGACUACUUGCAGACGGACGACGCACUUCCGUAUCCGGCACCGCCCAAGGACAAGUCGGAAGCCACACACAACUUCGCCGGCAUGUCAGCCGAAGGACCUACUGCGUCUAAUCGACGAUCCGCUCGCCGGCGCGAAAUGAAGGGGCGACUGGCGGAUGGACGCAGCACGCAUUUCGUCGUCGGCUAUACACCGUCGGACUUCGACUCCGAGACGAAAAUGAAAUAUCGCGGCGAACCGGUAAACGACGGCGACUUGCCGCCAGCAGGCAAAACUGAAAAGGUGCCCAAGAAAAAGAUGUACCAUCUCACUCACAGCGAGAACAUUCUAGAUCUGAAGGCCGCAGACCCGCACGUGACCAACACGCGCGAGUCACUUCCGGCGCGCAUGUCAUAUGCGGAACCCCUCGCCGAACAGUAUAACACAACUUCCGUUAUGAAGAAAGACUAUGGCCCAAUCGUGUCACGAUCAUUGACGGACGCUCAGCUCAAAGUGAUUGAAAAGUACGAUAAGGUCACCAAGAAAGACAUUUCCCAGUCGCAUUUCUUCCACACGGACACUUCCGGAAGAAAUAAUUUUAAGACAACUGCAAUGGAUGACUUUAUAUCUCCAGAAUCGAUGACAGGAAGGAAAAUCUUGGCCGCAAGAUGAACGUAUUAAUUUGUUUAUACCAAGGGAGACAAUCAGUGUUAAAAGGAAUGGACUUUUGGUUUUUAGGGUUAUCUUUCCAAAUUGUGAUGGAACAUGUAAUAUUGUAUUUUACAAAUAUUUUUAAUACGGUGCACCUUAAUUUUAUUCACUUUAACACAUAAAAUACAUACAGUAUUGUGUUAUACAUUUAAUUUUAGUAGAUUUUAGUUAAAUAAAACUAAAUGUAUA